AUGCCGUUCCGUGAUCGAGACUGGGAGGACUUUCAGCGCGACUGCGAUUUUUUUCCCGCGUACACAGAUUACAUAUUUGGUAUGGACGCACGUUCGGAAGUCGCAGAUGAGCCAGGAUUGCACCCGCAGAUCUUCGAGCCACCGUCACUGCCUCCACAGCGCAUAUAUGGCUUGCUUCCGCCCGUGCAGUACCCUGUCGCCUACGAUCCGGUGCGCGAUGAAACUCAGCCACGCCCCUACACCAUGCCAGCUCCGCUGCCUUCAUUGUUGAGACAUGAAUCGCCCGUGGAGUCUCUUCUACCAACACCCUGUCCAGCCCCGCGCUCCUUGCCCCCGGCAGGUCCAUCGAUGGCCUUGCUUCGCCCAGGUGAACUCACUGCAGAUCUUUCAUACUCCUUCAUUCCACAGCAGGAGCGCAUGAUUGCCAACAAGAACAUCACACAAGCGUGGAGUACCAUCAACAGCGACGCUGUUCCAGCGCAAAAGGCGAAGGCGGUGGGCUACCUCAAGAACAUGUCGCGCAUGGCCGCAAUCAAGAAGCAGGAGCACCAGGAUCGUAUGUAUCAGGAUCACGCGUUCGCAGGGCUGAAAGCGCAAGAGACACAGGCAGAGGAAGAUGCAGAGCGACAAGCAGACAUGCGGCACAGUGGACGGGAAGGAUCAGCAUACUCCGACAGGUACCCAUACAAUGAAACUCGUCAAGCAGAAGCAGAGACCGAAUGCACAGCCGAGCGGGUCCUGGCUGACCAUGAAUAUGCCGUCCGCGUCAUCUCCCAGCUUCCCGCAUAUGUACAAUCGCACCUCCCACAGCUAUGGACUUGUACAGAGAUCAUCGCUUUGCAAGCUCCUCCAGCCGAUCCGGUGCAGCUCGAUGUACACCGGAAAACACAGCAGUACCUGAGGAGCUUCAAGCAGUCACUUCCUCCGAAAGGAAGGCAGUGGCUUGAUCUUGUUAUCGAUGGGAUGCUCAAGAUUCGCAAGCAGGGCGGAGACCCGUUGACGGUUCUGGAGACGAUGCCGAGUGUGCAGGAUAUGUAUGGGAUGGGGGGGUGA